AUGGCUAGCCCUCCUGUGCUAGCUUUCGAUGCUGAGGGCCGCCCAGUGAAGUUUGACACCUGGCUAGAUGACCUGCACCUCUUCCUACAGCUCACUGCCAAGGAGGACAUCUCACUGUAUGACCACGCCCGAGGCCAUACUACUGCCCCUGCUGCUACUGCUGACAGCACUGCCCGCUCACAGUGGCAGACUCGUGAUGCCCACGCUCGCUUUGCUAUUCGCAACUCCUUGCCGAUAGAUGAGCGCGAGCACUUUGGCCAGCACAAGACUGCACAGGACUUGUACACUGCUGUCGUUGCCCGCUACUCCUCACCUGCCUCUGCCGCACUAGGCCGUCUCUCACUCCCCUACCUGUUCCCCGACCUGGCCUCUUUUCACACAGUUGCUGACCUCAUCACGCACCUCCGUACUAGUGAGGCCCGCUUCCGUGCCGCUAUGCCCGAUGAGUUCCUUGCUAAGAACCCCCCCCCGCUCUGGCUCACUCUCUACCACCUAGUCACCCGCCUCCCUGACUCUCUGCACGCAGUCAGGGACCACUUCCUCUCUCGCUCCCCCACUGAGCUCACCAUUGCCCUCCUCGAGAAGGAACUACUUGCAGCUGAGGCUAGCAUAGUCGCUGUAGGUGCCUCUCGUGGCGACCCCCGCACCCCUUUCUUUGAGGGGUGUUCCCCUUCCCCCCUUCUUCCCUCUGUAGCCUCUGCUUCUGCUGUCGACCUCCUUGGUGCUGAGAAGGUCGGGACUGCGUCCGCUUCAGGCUGGCGCCGCAGGAGCAAAGGGGGCAAGGGAGGCGGAGGUGACGGCGGGGGAGGCGGUGGUGGAGGCGGUGGCGGCGGUGGGGGUGGUGGUGGGGCUGGAGGGACUAGUGGCAGCGGUGGGGGUGGUGGCGGCAGCGGCGGGGGAGGUGGCAGGGGCGGGGGCGGUGGUGGGGGCGGCGGUGGUCGCGGCGGCGGCAGGGGAGGGGGUGGUCGAGGAGGUGGCGGCGGCGGUGGUGGUCGUGGAGGCGCUGGCAGUGGCCAGAGCCAGCAGCACACUCCGUCACCCCAGGAGGUCCGUGAGUGGUACUCUCAGCACGGGGGGGGGGGUGGGCUUAGCUGCACGUACGUCAUCCGCACUGGUGACCGCACUGGUCAGACGUGUGGGAGGGCGCACACCACGCAGCGCUGCUUCUCUCGCCUCGACGACGCCUGGCGUACUCAGUUCCCUGAUGCCACUGAGCUGCCCCGCUGGUUUGAUCUGAUGAAGAAGGGAGUUGAUAUCUAUGCUCUAGACUUUGAUGCUAUUCUCACUGCCAUGUAUGUGAUGUCUACUAGUGGAGAGGGUGCUCAGUACCUGUGUGUUCCGCCCGACCCGAGCAUUGGGACCAGUGAGGCUGCCGCUGUAGGUGCUAGUGAGACUGCCACUCCAGGUACUCGCGUGUCUGCUACCCCAGGUGCUGGUGAGGCUGCUGCUCUAGGUGCUCGUGAGUCUGUGCCCCCUGGUACUGAGUCGACUGAGGCACUGCACACCUUCACACUGGACUCAGGUGCUUCUCGCUGUUUCUUUCGUGACCGCACUGUCCUUGAGCCGCUGGCUCGGCCAGUUGCUGUCUCCCUCGCUGACCCCUCUGGGGGUCCGGUCAUUGCGACCUCCUCCACUGUCCUUCCUUGUCCUGCGGUCCCGUCGGGCACACUGUCAGGUCUCCACCUCCCCUCGUUCUCUACGAACUUGGUGGCAGGUUGUGCGCUCCAGGACGGGGGUGUUCACCAGUUCACCCCUGCCUACGAGCGCGUGACACACUGCACGUGUGCUCGGACGGGCCGUCACCUGGCUACCUUCACUCGGCAGCCGGGGUCGGACCUGUACACACUGACCACUGAGUCCCCUCAGAUAGCUGCGUCUGCGUCUGCGUCAGGUCAGCUGUCGGCCCCCUGCUCGUGUCGCUCUCUGGCGCACGAGACCGUCCUCUGGCACCACCGACUUGGUCACCCGUCUGUGCAGCGCCUUCGUGCCAUGCACAAACGGUACCUUGUCUCUGGUCUUCCCAGGGUUCUCCCUCCCCUCCCACCCUCGCCUGCUCCUCCCUGUCUUCCCUGUGUCGAGGGGCGGCAGCGCGCCGCUCCUCACUCCUCCUCGUUUCCCCCGACGACUGCUCCCCUGCAGACGCUCCACAUGGACGUGUGGGGCCCAGCCCGCGUUCGUGGUCAGGGUCAGGAGAGGUACUUCCUGAUCGUUGUUGACGACUACUCGCGCUACACCACGGUCUUCCCUUUGCGCACCAAGGGUGAGGUCCCUGAUGUCUUGAUCCCUUGGAUCCGCGCUUCUCGUCUCCAGCUCAGCGAGCGUUUCCACUCGGACUUUCCUGUCCUGCGUUUGCACUCUGACAGAGGUGGUGAGUUCUCCUCCGACCUCUUGGCAGCCUACUGUGCGGAGCACGGCAUUGAGCAGUCGUUCACGCUUCCGGCCUCUCCGUAG